AGAGUGGCCGUGAUAAACGCAUGAUGAACUAGUGGAGAUAGGAGCCGAGUGUCUCAUUGCUCUUUACACCCAGGAGCCCAGUGGACUCAGCUGUGUCCGUAUAGAGGGACUUUUUCGGGACUAAUAACCCAAAGGCUUGCCGCUUUGCUUUUUGCCUGAAUAUCCCGAGUGUAUGCUGCGCGCUGGGACUCUGUGGAAAGCGCCUUCGCUCAGUUCACUUCGUGUUGAGGAUACGCUUGGCGCAUCUACCGAUGGAGGAGACUCUCUCCAGUCUCAAGCAGCCUCCCAGCACCACAUAGCAUUUCCUUAAGGAACCCGUCCUGCAUCGGCUCCCAACAAACAUGGACUGUUUCCCCAUGCUUUAUUUUCUGUCGAGACAACAUGAUUCCUGGUAAUCGAAUGCUGAUGGUCAUUUUAUUAUGCCAAGUUGUACUGGGAGAGAGCAGCCAUGCUAGUCUAAUACCAGAGGAAGGGAAGAAGAAGGCGUUGAGCAAUCACCCGGGUCAAAGUCAUGAACUGCUACGGGACUUUGAGGCCACGCUGCUGCACAUGUUCGGCCUGCAGAGGCGGCCGCGGCCCAGCCGCUCAGCAGUGGUGCCCCAGUAUCUGCUCGACCUCUAUAGGCUGCAGUCAGGAGAAGUGGAAGAGGCUGAAGCUCACAAUGUCAGCUUUGAAUACCCUGAGAAGUCCACUAGCCGAGCCAACACUGUAAGAGCAUUCCAUCAUGAAGAGCACAUGGAGCAAGUGCCGUCAGACAGACCAUACAGCACUGAGACUCCUCUGCGCUUCUUCUUUAACCUCAGCGGCAUCCCUGAGGAUGAGCUGCUUUCCACGGCAGAACUGCGACUGUACCGGCAGCAGAUUGAGGAGCCUGGUUUGGAGUCCCAGCAUCUGGGAAAUGAGGACCUCCAUAGGAUCAAUGUGUAUGAGGUGCUGAAGCCGCCGCGGCCUGGGCAGCUGAUCACACGCCUCCUGGACACACGCCUUGUUAGCCACAACACCACCAGCUGGGAAAGCUUUGACGUGAGCCCGGCUGUGUUGCGUUGGACCCAUGAGCGGCUACCAAACUAUGGACUCGCUGUGGAGGUUCUGCAUCUGAACCAAACACCGCGGCACCAAGGCAAGCAUGUGCGCAUGAGCCGCUCACUGCACCACACUUCAGAAGAAGAGUGGGACCAGCUGCGUCCUUUGUUGGUCACUUUCGGCCAUGAUGGCAAAGGCCACCCACUGACACGCAGGACCAAACGCAGCCCCAAGCAGCGAGGCCGCAAGCGCAACCGCAACUGUCGGCGACAUGCGCUGUAUGUGGACUUCAGCGACGUAGGCUGGAAUGACUGGAUAGUGGCACCACCGGGCUAUCAGGCCUACUAUUGCCACGGGGACUGUCCUUUCCCUCUAGCCGACCAUCUGAAUUCCACGAACCAUGCUAUUGUACAAACACUGGUCAACUCGUUGAAUAGCAAUAUUCCCAAGGCCUGCUGUGUGCCCACCGAGCUGAGUGCCAUCUCAAUGCUCUACCUGGAUGAGACUGACAGGGUAGUCUUGAAAAACUACCAGGAAAUGGUUGUGGAGGGCUGUGGCUGCCGCUAGCUGAGUUUAGCAUUAAGAAAUGCUAGCGCAAUGAAGGCAAGAUCUAAUGGCCCCAUUGUAUAUCUAAAUAUUUUCACUUGGAUGCUUAUUUAUAACGUUUAUGUUGAGAUGUUUGUUUGUCUCCUUUUUGUUUCCUUGACCAUAUGAGCAUAUAUUUUGACAAAAUAUAUAUAUUUAUAUCUACAUAUUAAAAAUAAAAGUGAGACCUUAUUUUAAACAUUAAGAAGAAGCUGUACAACUUUUCAUGGUGUAUAUUAGAUUGUAUAAGGGGUUUUAAUGAGAAAAUAGCUUACAAAAUCACCAAACAUAAAGUAUAUAUAUAUACUGAUAAUAUUUAUUUCUUUCAUACUAUACACAUUUACAAAAAAAAAAAAAAGGAAAAGAAAAAAAAUGUGAGAAAUGCUUAACAUCCCAGCCAACUUCUUAUUUGAGCAGAUGAACAAAUGCAACAAAUGCAUCAUUUGUGUAUGGAAACAGAGCACUGUGUGAAAUGAUCAACUAACUGAUUUGUGUGAUAAAUCAGUUGAAGAAAUCAUAAAUGUACUUUGAUUUUUUAUUCACAUUUUUUCGUCAACUUUUAGACAUGUGAUUAUUAUUUUUUUUUUUUAGAUGUCCCCAUAAUGUGUUUUUAAAUAAAUUGUGAAAUUCCAAGACAACGUGAGAUGAAUAUAAAAAUAGCGGAAGAGCUCCAGACACGCCGGCUUUUGCAAGUAUCAUCAGCUUGCGUUUUAAAAUCGCACUUAGUUCGCUUUCCUUUAUGAAGAUGCAAUUAGAGUAGCUGAUUAAGUGUGACUCCUUUACAAAUUUGCCGACAUGGCGGCUACGUUGUGAUGGCUGCAGACGUGUGCUGAGACGCUGUCACCUCUCUCUGAGAGGAAUCAAAGGUUAGACCGACUGUCUCCUGCUUUUGUCUCCGACAGCUCCUGCCGAAUGAAAAGAGACGCCUGUCGCCAACCUGUGGCCCCAAAGAGACAAUAGACUUUCUGCAUCGCUUAUUUACAGUUGGACGGCCUUAAGGACUACAGGCUAUAUUCAGUGAUAAUGCCGAUGGCGGCGCUUUGAACUGGCGGAUAGCGGCGCGAGUGUAAAAUGGAGGCGGAGCUCAGCAUGCUAAAGGAAAUAAUGUCGGUACAACUUAUCAGUGAGAUGACCUGCGUGUCUUUUCAAGUACAUAUAAUAACCUGUGGGUCAGGGUUUAUCACCUGGAUGCAGACACAGCAAGGUAUUUAUCAGCCCGAACUGAAAAAGAAGAAGAAAAGUUCGAAUUCGAUGUGUUUUAGGCUAUUUAUAGUCAAGAACUAAUCAUCAGCAUUAAAGCUAACCUGUCACCAUUCA